CCCAAACCUGCAGGCCUCGCAAUUUCUCCUGUUUAUUAUUUCUUACCCAACCACCGACCACGGAUAGUUAGCUCUAUAUAUAUCACAGCUUACUGUCUUACUUCAAAAUGUCUACUCGACGUCCUACAAUGGAACUGGGCACUGUCCUAGUGGUUGGUGGCUGCGGGUUCGUGGGUUGGCACAUUGUUGAUCAGUUGCUCAAUUUCCCCUCGGAGACAGAUCCCAGUGUCGCUCUUCCCAAGCCCCAGAAUGACCCUAGAUUUGUUUACCCCAAGCUGGGCGAUCGCUACCCUCGGUGCAUCGCGAAAGUAGCUGUUGUCGACCUGCGAACGACCCACAACCGUCUCCCGGGAGCCGAAUAUUAUGAUGGCGACAUCACGUCCGAAGAGUCCAUGCUGGCCGUUUUCCGCGCGGUCAAGCCCGACAUUGUUAUCCACACCGCUACGCCCAACGUUCUGGAAGGGAACAAGCCCUUGUUGCGUAAGGUCAAUGUUGACGGAACUAAAGUCUUGGUGGAAGUUGCGGGCGGUGCCCGUGGUGACUGGGGUGGAAAGUGCAAGGCUUUUGUAUACACCAGCUCGAGCUCUGUCGUGCACGAUACCCAGAGCGACCUCAUCAACGUCACCGAAGAGUGGCCUCUUAUCCGGGGGCCGUUGCAACAAGAGUAUUAUUCAGAAACCAAGGCGGACGCCGAAGAAAUCGUCUUGAAGUAUAACCGCGCCUCUCCAACCUCGAUGGUAACAUGUGCCCUUCGUCCGGCUGGUAUCUACGGUGAGAAGGAUACGACCUUCACCUUCAAGGUCCUGGAGCACUCGUCCAAAGCCUCCCCGACCGUCCUCCGCAUGCAGUUAGGCGAGAACAACAACUUGUUUGAUUUCACGUACGUUGGAAACAUUGCAUACGCUCAUACUUUGGCUGCAUACCGCUUGCUCGCUACCUACUCUCGGUAUGAAGCUGGACAGGGUGCUCCCCUGGACCACGAGCGGGUGGACGGCGAAGCGUUCAAUGUCACGAACGAUUCCCCGGUCUACUUCUGGGACAUGACACGUGCUGCCUGGGCAUUGACUGGCAAGGUUGUGGAGCCUCAUCAGGUGUGGGAGCUCCCUGAGGGCGUUCUGGGCCCUAUUGGUGGAAUUGCAGAGACGGUGCUGGGCCUUCUCGGCAAGACACCUCGUUUAACUAGAAGAACCGUUCGCUACUCAUGUAUGACUCGUUACUACUCAUGCGACAAGGCCAAGUUCCGGCUCGGAUAUAGACCUGUUGUACCUGUGUACGAAGGUCUCGCUCGUGCAGUCGGGUAUGUGGUGGAACAGGAGCGGGUGGCCGGUGAAAAGAAGGCGUUGUAAUCUCGGGCUAGACUAUGAUGGUUUCUGUACGGAUGUAUAUGUUUAUUAAUGUAAUAUAUAAGUAAUUCCUCCUCAUUCCGUAUUUAGUCGCAUUCUCUCAUACUUGUUGUCCCUGUAUAUAGUCAGAUGGACUUUUGGACGAUACCUUGCUAACUGACCCCCAGGCAAUUUGGG